UUGGGCAUUAAAUGUACUAAAGCUUUCAUGACUUCCAUUCCAGUUGAUGAAAAUAUACCUGUCAACACGUCUUUGAAUACCUUCAUCAGAAAUUAUGCCAAGUUGACAGGAACAAAGGCCAUGUGCCUUGAAGGUGGUUGUGGAGCAUGUGUGGUAACAGUCUGGCACAAAGAUCCUGUAACUAAACAAAAAGCACCUAUUGCUGUUAACUCGUGCUUGUUUCCUGUUUUGGCUUGUGAUGGUUUAGCUGUCACAACCAUAGAAGGUAUUGGAAAUAAGUUAGAUGGUUACCAUAGGCUGCAGACUCGUAUCAUGCAGUUGAACGCCACACAGUGUGGCUUUUGUACUCCUGGAAUGGUCAUGAAUAUGUACAGCUUGUUGGAAAAAGGUCAUUUAACAAUGAAAGAAGUGGAAAACUCUUUUGGAGGUAGUAUUUGCCGAUGUACUGGAUACAGGCCUAUUCUUGAUGCGUUUAAAUCCUUCAGCAGUGAUGUGUCAGAAGAUUUGAAGAAACGAUGUGAAGAUAUUGAGGAAUUGUAUAAAAUAAAAAUUUGUGAAAAAAGUGGACAACCUUGUUCAGGAAAAUGUGGUGAUUCUGUAAAAUGUGAAAAGUUGGGUUCAACAUUAUUGCAUAUUGAAGCAUCAGAAGGAGAAUGGUUUGCUGCUUCAUCAAUAUCAGAUAUACUGAGCAUUUUUGACACUAUUGGGGACAAAACAUAUAUGUUGGUGGCAGGAAACACUGCGAAAGGUGUGUAUCAUCGUGUAAAUGAACCUCAAGUUUUCAUUAAUAUCAAUUCAGUGUCCGAAUUAAGAUCCCACUCUGUGGGAGAGGAAAUCAUUCUUGGUGCCAAUGUAACACUUACUGAAGCAAUGGAGCUUUUCUACAAAUUGGCUAAAGAGCAACCAAAAAAAUUUGCUUACACUAAAGUUCUUGCAGAUCACAUCGAUCUUAUAGCCAAUGUACCUGUGAGAAAUACUGGAACAAUUGCAGGAAAUUUAACUAUAAAAUAUGAACAUAAUGAGUUUCCUUCUGAUGUUUUCCUUAUCCUGGAAACUGCUGGAGCUACUUUAACAGUUGUUGAUAAGGAUAAUAAAGAAGAGGUAGUUACUCUGCCUGCCUACUUAAAUUUAAAUAUGAAGAAAAAGGUAUUGAAAAAUGUUAAGCUUCCUUCUUUGGAUGAAUCAUUCCGUGUGGGAUCCUUCAAGAUAAUGCCUCGUGCACAGAAUGCUCAUGCUUAUGUAAAUGCAGGAUUUCGUUUCAAGAUCAAUUCACAGGGAUCUGGAAGGACUCUAGCUGGAAAACCAACAGUUGUUUUUGGAGGAAUAAACCCUUCAUUUCUUCAUGCCUCAAAAACUGAAGAAUAUCUGAAAGAUAAAAAUGUUCUGGACCAAGCAGUUUUGCAAGGUGCUUUGAAACAAUUAGAAGGAGAAUUGGUUCCUGAUCAUGUACUUCCAGAUGCUACUCCGGAAUACAGAAAAGGGUUGGCAAAAGCUUUACUAUACAAGUUUAUUAUUAGUUUGGCUCCAGAUUCAGUGAAAAAAAAUGUUAAAAGUGGUGGACCAGUAUUGCAUCGACCUGUUUCCAGUGGUAAACAAGAGUUUGAAACAGACAAAAAGGAAUGGCCUCUGAAUCAGCCCAUUCCAAAAGUGGAGGCUCUUGUUCAGGCCUCAGGUGAAGCAAAGUAUGUAAAUGAUGCACCUCACUUACCAGGAGAAUUAUAUGCUGCUUUUGUGUUAUCUUCGGUUGGACCUGCAACUGUUGAGAAAAUUAAUGCAACAGAUGCUUUGAAUCUACCAGGUGUGGUUGCAUUUUACAAAGCAGAGGAUAUUCCUGGCAAGAAUACUUUCACUCCCCCUCUUGCAGGAUUAGAUGAAGAAGAACAGAUUCUGUCUCCUGGAAAUGUGAAAUUUGCUGGUGAAGCCCUUGGAAUAGUAGUUGCUGAAACUCAAGAUAUUGCUUUAAGAGCUGCAAAAUUGGUGAAAGUUGAUUACAAGGAUGUGAAGAAACCUGUGUUAACAAUACGUGAAGUAUUGUCCUCAGGUGAUAAAAGUAGAAUUGCAGACAAAGGAAAAAUUGACCCUACUGACCCCAAAGCAAAAUCUGAAGCUAAGCAUGUUAUAAAGGGAAAUUUUGAUAUUGGGGGUCAGUAUCAUUUCACUAUGGAAACUCAAAGUUGUGUGUGCAUUCCUAUUGAAGAUGGUAUGGAUGUUUAUUCUGCAACCCAAUGGAUGGAUCUUACACAAUUUGCCAUUUCUCUGGCACUUGGUAUACCGGAAAAUUCAAUUAAUGUCUAUGUAAGACGUUUGGGUGGUGCAUAUGGAGCUAAAAUUUCUCGUGCAACUCAUGUUGCUACAGCUUGUGCUCUAGCUGCCUACAAGUUGAACAGACCUGUCAGAAUGGUCUUGAACAUUGAGGACAAUAUGAAAUCCAUGGGCAAGAGAUUUUCUUGUGCUAUUGAUUAUGAGGUUGGCGUGGAUGACAAUGGAGUAAUAAAGUACAUGGAAGCCACACUGUAUGAGAAUGCUGGUUAUGUUUUUAAUGAAAGUGUUGUAGGUUUUACCAUUCAUCAUUUUGUCAGUUGUUAUGACCAGAGUACUUGGUCUGUGAAAGCAAGAUCUGUCCGUACUGAUCUCCCUAGUAAUACUUACUGUCGAGCACCAGGAUCUACUGAGGGAAUUGUGUUUAUUGAAAAUAUAAUGGAACAUAUUGCAAAAACUUUAAAUAAAGAUCCUAUACAGGUUCGCAUGAAUAAUUUGAAGAAAGAUAGCCCAAUCCAGAAGCUAACAGAAGAAUUGAAGCAAUCAUCAUCUUAUGAUGAAAGGGAAAAUCUUUGGAAGAAACGAGGAAUUGCUUUUGUGCCUAUGGAGUAUCCCUUUGGUUUCUGGGGGAAUUUCCAUGCAAUAGUUUCCAUUUAUGCUGGAGAUGGGACAGUGGCUGUAGCUCAUGGAGGAAUAGAGUGUGGCCAAGGCAUUAACACAAAGGUCACACAAGUAUGUGCUCAUAUUUUGGGUAUCUCUCUCGACCUUGUUAGUAUAAAGCCAAGUAACAAUUUGACUGCUCCAAAUGGUAUGGUAACUGGAGGCAGUAUUGCAAGUGAAGCUUGUUCUUAUGCAACCAUGAUGGCAUGCAAAGAACUCCUCAAAAGACUAGAACCUGUCAAAAAAACAAUGGAUCACCCAACAUGGCAGCAAUUAAUAGCAGAAGCAUAUAAACAAAAUGUGGAUCUUUGUGCUACUUACAUUAAGGUUAUCUUACGUGUGGAUCUCAUUGAAGAUUGUGGCAUAAGUUUGAGUCCAGAAAUUGAUGUGGGUCAAAUUGAAGGAGCUUUUGUAAUGGGUCUUGGAUAUUAUCUCAUUGAAAAUCUCGUAUACCAUCCCAACAAUGGAGAACUACUUACUAAUAGAACUUGGAAUUAUAAAACACCUGGGGCUAAAGACAUACCAAUUGAUUUCCGUAUACAGUUCAGAAGAAAUGCACCUAAUCCUACUGGUGUUCUCCGAUCAAAAGCUACUGGCGAACCUCCACUUUGUAUGAGUUGUGUGGUUAUUUUUGCUCUGAGAAAUGCAUUGGAUUCAGCACGAAAAAAUGCUGGAAAAUCUGAGAAGUGGUAUAAAUUUGAUGCUCCAGCAACUACUGAAAAUAUAUUCCUGACUGGUUUGCCUGAGGCUGAUAGAUAUAUCUUGUAAUAUGAUGAAGAACAGAUCAUUCCACAAAAACCUUUUUUUUUUUUAUAAGUGAUGCACAUAAAAUGAAAUGUCAUUUAUAACAAGAAAUUUUGGACAAGAUUAUUUUUAAAACUCAGAUUGAUGAGUAUUAUUAAUGUUUUAUGACAUCACUGUAUUACACAUCACAAUUCUGUGACUAUACCUUUUGAAUAUUUCAUCAUUAUGUGCAUGCAUAAUGCAUAAGUUUCAGCAUUGAUAAUAAACUUGAUUUGGAACUACUUGUUACUUCCUCUAGUGCUUGUUUCCUUUCAAAAUUGAGGCGAAAGGUUAAAUUUUGGAAAUUGAAGGAUUGUGUGUGCUAAACUUGAGGUAAAAGUAAUGCCAUUUUCUGGUGUUUUAAAAAUAUUUAAGAUCACAUUUUUAUGUUAUAUCCGUUGUAGUUUCAUUAACUGGCAUAAAUCAAAUCAAUGGAAUUAUUUUCUUGCUGCCUUUUCUGGUCUUGGGGAAUAUUUCAUGUAUUUAUAGCUAUCACAAAUUUGAAUUUUAUAAUUUUAUAAGUGUUACUGGAAAAGAGUUCAGCAAUGAAGAUCACCUUAAUUUUCUCAAGGCUUGUGGAAUAAUUAAAAACAGAUUACCAAGAGUAUUAAAAUGGUGAUAUCACAUUCAAGUUUAAAUAUUUCUUUCACAGCAUUGAUUGCAAUGGUGUAGGCACUAACAAUAUUAAGAUAUACAAAAAGAUUUUUGUAUUGGACACAAAUAUGAAAAUUGUUGUCUGUGGCUGUUAAUAUCAUCUGACUAUGUGAUAUCUGCUUAUUAUUUUUGUAUGGUACAUUUUAUGUACAGAAUUAAUAAAAUCAAUAUUAGUUAAA